GUUUCCAUGGUUCACUAGUACUCGUGGCUGCUUGUUCGUCAUCGGCACUCUUCAACUCCCUGUCUUCUUUCCAUCCUCAUUUCAUCUCUGAUCUCUACUCUUCAUCUCGGAUUUCUACCCCUGUGAUUUCCCUUUCAAGAUGUCCCGCUCACCAGAUAUGCACCAUGACCAGGCCUCGACCAACUACAAGGAAGCCUUCUCUCUCUUCGAUAAGCGCGGUACCGGCAAGGUCGCGCUCGAGUCGCUGGGCGACCUCCUGCGUGCAUGCGGUCAGAAUCCCACUUUGGCGGAGAUCGCAGAUCUGGAGAAGUCCGUCGGUGGAGACUUUGACUUCGAGUCGUUCUUGAAGGUCCUCAACCGCCCUGGAGGCUUCCGUGACCCCGGCGAGCCCGAAGAAUACUGCCGCGGAUUCCAGGUGUUUGACAAGGACUUGACUGGGUUUAUCGGUGUGGGACAGCUCCGUUACAUCCUGACGAAUCUCGGAGAGAAGAUGUCGGAUGAGGAGGUCGACGAGCUGCUCAAGGCCGUCGACACCAGCUCCGGCGAGAUCAACUACACCGACCUCGUCCGCACCAUCCUGGCGAACUAAACGACACACGACACCGAUACCCUCCUGACGUUCCUGAUGAUUUCUGUUACGACGCGAACCUCCUACCAGCCGUGCCGGAGUUGAAGGCUUAAGCAUAGUUUAGUUAUAGUGCACUGUAUAUGGGAUAUUGCGCGAUUCAGCAUCGGAUAAACAUGAAUAAAUAAAUAUGGUAAAUGAUACAUGGUAUAUGCAAGUAA